AUGGUGACACAGGAGAUUCUCUCUCCCUAUUCACUUAGUGAUGGUGUUACAACUGAAACCUUUUCUAUUACCUUGUUGCCUUCUCUUUUCACUAAGAUUGGGCAUUUAAGGAGAAUAGGAGUGGGCAGUGUGCAAACCUUGCUAAAUUCUAGCUACAAAAUGACAAUGGAAGUUCAAAUACUAACAUCUAAGGCACACACUGCUGCUAAAGCUGCUUCGCCUUUGUUACAGACUGUUCACCAUGAUGGAAAUUCAGAGCAGAAUCUGAGGAGACACCGAAUUGGUGACAAUGUCUCCAAGAAGGACAAGAUCAAAUUUCUCAUUACUACACUUUUAGAUCUAAAUGACAGCAAGGAUGCUGUUUAUGGUGCUCUUGAUGCCUGGGUUGCAUGGGAGCAAAACUUUCCUAUUGCAUCAAUAAAGCAAGUAUUGAUUGCUCUUGAGAAGGAACAGCAGUGGCAUAGAAUUGUUCAGGUUAUUAAAUGGAUGCUAAGCAAGGGGCAGGGAACCACAAUGGGAACUUAUGCGCAGUUAAUACGAGCAUUAGAUAUGGACCACAGAGCAAAAGAAGCACAUGAGUUUUGGUUGAAGAAAAUUGGUAGAGAUCUUCAUUCCGUGCCAUGGCAGCUUUGUAAUCGCAUGAUAUCUAUAUACUACAGAAACAACAUGCUAGAGAAUCUCAUAAAGCUUUUCAAGGGACUGGAAGCUUUUGAUCGUAAACCUCCAGAAAAAUCAAUUGUGCAAAAAGUAGCAGAUGCAUAUGAGAUGCUAGGCUUACUUGAAGAAAAGGGAAGGUUAUUAGAGAAGUAUAAUGAUCUCUUCAUUGAGACGGGGAAAGGACGGAACAAGAAUUUCAGGAUUGCCUCAUCCAAGAAAACUAAGAAAUCAGCGUAUAUGAUCACUGUCUUUGCCAUUUGGCCUAAAAAUAUGGUUUUCUGUUUUGGUCCUUUGGAUGGUUGGAAUUAUCAUACCCAGCUCAACCUUGACCUGGCCAAGGGUCUGGAAGGUUCACCAGCUGGUGGGUCACAGGGUAAGGCAAAAAAUGUAUCUGCUUCGGACAAGAUUGCUGAUGCUGUGGAUGGCAAACAAAAUAAACUAGUUUGCAAUUGCAACCCUCGAGUUAUUGCAAAACCUGAAGGCAUGUAUCAGUCACUACUGGCCAAUCCAAUCAUCCAUGCCUAA